GUUUCAGUUCUAGACCUGGAAGGCCUCCUAAGAGGACUCAAAGUGUCACCUCCCCAGAGAAUUCUCAUAUCAUGCCACACUCUGUCCCAGGUCUAAUGUCUCCUGGAAUCAUCCCUCCAACAGGUUUGACAGCAGCAGCUGCAGCAGCAGCAGCUGCUACCAAUGCAGCCAUAGCAGAAGCAAUGAAAGUGAAAAAAAUCAAAUUAGAAGCUAUGUCCAACUAUCAUGCCAAUAAUAACCAGCAUGGCGCAGAGUCUGAGAAUGGAGAUCUGAAUUCCAGUGUUGGCAGCAGUGAUGGUUCUUGGGAUAAAGAAAAACUUCAGUCUCCCCCCACCCAAGGAUCACAGGCCUCUGUUAACCACCCCAGCUUGCCUGGACAGCAUAAUCUUCCAGUUAGUCAUCCUCUCAACCCUCUUCAACAGAACCACCUUCUGCCAAAUGGCCUGGAACUUCCUUUUAUGAUGAUGCCCCAUCCCUUAAUUCCUGUCAGCCUACCUCCAGCAUCUGUCACAAUGGCCAUGAGUCAGAUGAACCACCUUAGUACCAUUGCAAACAUGGCAGCAGCAGCACAAGUACAGAGUCCCCCCUCCAGAGUCGAAACAUCUGUUAUUAAGGAACGUGUUCCAGACAGCCCUUCUCCUGCUCCUUCCCUUGAAGAAGGUCGAAGACCUGGCAGCCAUCCAUCAUCUCAUCGAAGCAGCAGUGUGUCUAGUUCACCUGCACGGACUGAGAGCUCUUCAGACAGAAUCCCAGCUGUACAUCAGAAUGGGCUGUCCAUGAACCAGAUGCUGAUGGGUUUAUCGCCUAACAUUCUACCUGGCCCUAAAGAGGGUGAUCUGGCUGGUCAUGAGGUUGGACAUGAGACAAAAAGAAUACACAUUGAGAAAGAUGAGACCCCGCUCUCCACACCAACCGCAAGAGACAGCCUUGACAAACUUUCUCUAACUGGGCAUGGGCAACCACUACCUCCGGGUUUUCCAUCUCCUUUUCUAUUCCCUGAUGGAUUGUCUUCCAUAGAGACCCUUCUGACUAACAUCCAGGGCCUAUUAAAGGUUGCCAUAGACAAUGCAAGAGCUCAAGAGAAACAGGUCCAGCUGGAAAAGACGGAGCUGAAGAUGGAGUUGUUCAGGGAACGAGAACUAAGGGAAACGCUUGAAAAACAGCUGGCAGUGGAACAGAAGAACAGAGCAAUAAUUCAGAAAAGGUUAAAGAAAGAAAAGAAGGCAAAAAGGAAAUUGCAGGAAGCACUUGAAUUUGAGACUAAGCGGCGGGAACAAGCAGAACAAACAUUGAAACAGGCAACAUCAACAGACAGCCUCAGGUCCCUAAAUGACUCUCUGACCCCAGAGAUAGAAGCUGACCGCAGCGGGGGCAGAACAGAUGCUGAAAGGACAAUACAAGAUGGAAGACUUUAUUUGAAAACGACAGUCAUGUACUGAAUUUUUCCCACUGAAGCAAUUUGUGCUGCAGUAAAGACCUUUGCAGUAAGAUGUUCACUAUUUGGAAGUUCUACAAAAACAAAGUGUUUUCAAGGCAACUUCCUUAACUUUGUGUAUCCAUGUUCUUCAAAAGUUUAAAGAAUUUUGCAAGAGUGUCCUCCAUUGAUUAUCAUCUGUGGCUCAAACCAGAGACAUAGAGAAUGUUUAUAAAUGUACAAGUUGUGCUCUUCUAACAGUCAAAAACUGUAGCUUUGCUAUUGGACCCUUGUAUACAAACUUACAGACCAAUCAGAAAAAGGCCUAACAUUCCCUUUUUAAUGGAAUGAAACAUCUGUCCUCCUCUGAUGAUUCUGUAUUUGAGCACAUCAAAUAAUCCUUCCAGCAGUGUCCACCUACACUUACGGACUGUUAUGUCAUACCUAAACCAGCAAGACAGCUCAAAAGUAAACUUGUAUGGGGGCAUACGAGGAUUCCUAGAAAAAAAAAUAAAAGGAAAAAAAACCCUGUUGUAUUCAAUUUUCAACUCUGCGAAAGUAGGUUUUCUUCUAAAGACUUUUUUUUUGCCACACGCUUUCCAGGAGACCAACACAUGGAUGCUAGACCACAUGAAGUAAAAUGAAAUUUUGUCUAAGAGAAAAGAAAUGCUGAAUGUAAGCAAAACUGUUUUACUGUUCACAAAGUCUCAUUUCCUAAAAUAAACAUAAAAAAAAUAAAACGAGUAAUAAUUUCUCAUUUUAAACUGGCAGGGGCUUAUGGGGGAAAAAUACUUUGCUUCUUAUUCAAACUGUUGGUUACAUGUACAGUAUAUAAACACAGACCACACCAGGAAGGUAUUAUGUAUGCAGUAGAAUACUAGAGUUUAGGUAAAUGAACAUUUUAGAUAACAUGUUUUGUCACCCUGUUUGUCAGAAAGACGCCUUUCUAGUUUUAACGCAUGCAGGCAUGUAAAUAUUUGUCCUGGAGUCACAGUAUUAAUGAAUGAGAUCUUAAGCAUCUGGUAAUGAGUCAGAAUUCUGUAUCAGCCACUUUUAUUUGUAUAUUAAGCCCUGGUUAGUGCCCUGAAACAGCACUUUUAAGAAUGGACUGUGGCUGAGCAGCAAGUCAAAACACCAGAACUAUUUUUAUAUGUUAAUGUCAUAUUACGUCAAUGUUACUAAAAAGAAAACCUAACAGACACUUGAUGUAUCAGUCCAAUACCACGUAGAGCUGAGUGAUACAGUUGAAGUCUAUUGUCCCUCCCUCACCUUAUCUUAGGGAAAGGUGGUUAUGUGUUAUUUUCACUGUCUUUAUGAAAGCUAAAAUGUGUUUUCACCUUUGUGCUGAUAACUGAAAGUAAGCUACAACACACUGCUUAUUACAUACUAACAUGAUGCUUUGCAUAAUUUUGAGUUACCCUUUAAAGACUGAUUUUGUGAAUCAGCAUUGUUACUGUAAGUUUGUGAUUAUUCUUUCUUCCUCUCUAUUGUUGUAUACAUAUAAAAUGUUAUUUAUUACAUGGAAACAUAUCCAAAUCUUCAAUAUCUAAGAUGCCUAACUUAAAAAAAAUUCUCCUUUAAAAAAUAGUUCUGAUUGGAUAUUAAAGUACAAAGGCAUUAAAGAAUUGUAAACACUCACUCUGCACUUCUAUGCUUUGUAGGUUUUUCCUUGCAAUGCUGGUACACCCAUAUUUAUCCCAUCAUAAUCCUUUUCUAAGAAUAGGAAAUUUGUAUAUACAAAUUCACAUUAUGGUAAUUUUUAAAGAAAUAUUGAGCAAUAUUUUCAUUAAAUAUUGUUAUUCCCAAAUACUUUAUAGUAACAUUGUUUUUAAUCAUCUUUCAUAGUUACUUCAAUACUUCAGAGAUUCUGUACACUAGUUUUUUUUUUCAUAUGCAGUCUUUAAAGGGUUAACAGCUGUAAAUUUUGAUGGACUUGUGGCAAGCUUGUGAAUCAUUCAUAUCUGAAAGAGAAUUAAAAGCCUACAACUGAAAUAUGUAGUAGCAUCUGCCAUUGCUCUGCUCCUUGCAUAGAGUCACCUGUAAGUCAGUUUCAUAAUUUUACACUAUAUACUUUCAAGACAUUUAGGAAUGCCUCAGUGUUUGGCUUGGUACAAAAAUGGAAAUGUUAAGGAAUAAGGGGGAAGCAAUUUAUAAGAUGGAUAUUACGAGCUUAAUAAAAUGGUGUAAAUAUUACAAUUCAUGAAAUGUCACCGGAAGUUGAAUUUUUGCCCCUUUUUAGUUACACAAGUUUUGGGUUGCUGGUUUUUUAAAAUUUGUUUGUUUUGUUUUUGUUUGUUUUUGCAUAGAUUAUGAAGAAAAGUUGUGCUCAUGUUAUUGUUUAUAUGAUUUUGUAAUCUUAAAGAUAUUAAUGUCUAGUUGUUCUAUAAUAUAACCACAUUUGCGCUCUAUGCAAGCCCUUGGAACAGAACAUUCUCAUCUUCAUGUAGGACCUAUGAAAAUUGUCUAUUUUUAUCUAUAUAUUUAAAGUUUUCUAAAAAUGAUAAAAGGUUAUUACGAAUUUUGUUGUACAAAAUCUGUACAAAAAUCUGUUUUUACAUCAUAAUGCAAGAAUUGGAAAUUUUUCUAUGGUAGUCUAGUUAUUGGAGCCUGGUUUCAAUGUGAGAACCACGUUUACUGUUACUGUAUUUAAUUUUCUUUUUCUUUUCAACAAUCUGCUAAUAAAACUGUCUGAAAUCUCCCUGUGACUUUAUUUACAGUUCAUCUUUAUUAAAUUUUGUGAAAUGUAUAACAUCAAAGGAAUAUUUACUUUCUAAUGGGAGGCAUCUAAAAACAACAUAAGUCAGCUCUUUGUAAUGCGAGGAGAACAAUGCUGAAUGAUUUUAUUUAACAUGCAACUGCUUCUAUCUCUAAUAUGAAUUACUGUGGUGAAAAAACAUCAUAAAAGCACACUCUGUGGUUAUUGUUUAACAAGCAGAUUUUCCAUAUUUUGUUUCUUGCUAGCUAAGCAAACUGCCCCCAUCUGCAUGAUUUAUUUAUGUACAUUGCUCAGUUUAUGAAGCUGUUAUUUGUACCUUUUUCUUUUAUAUUGUGAUAUUCCCAUGAUUCUUAUUUCGUAAAGCUUUGUGCUGAAUAAUGUAAAGUGGACACAUUGAUGGAACAAAACGUAUUAUUCCCAUAACUACAAAAGUGUCGGAUUUGUUACAUCCCAGUUUUUUUUAUCUCAGAUCUCCUUCAACUGAUAUAACACGUUUAGAAACUUGAAAUCCUAACACUUGUAUUUGUUUGUUUGUUUUACACACAGAAAAUAUUUUAAACAUUUAAAUUAUCAUUUUAUUUUAAAAAAUACAGCAUUGACGUCUUAAUAUAUGUUUAAGAUUUUCUGAAGGAGUAGAGAGCUUGGUGGCAUUUUUGAAAGCAGG